AUGAGGCCAUGGGUGAUGGCAUCGUUGGUGACCGAGGUUAGGGCAUCGUCGGAUAAGAGCAUCAAAGAGAGAAUGGGUGAGGAGGAAUGCAGCAUAGUAUGGAGGGGAAAGGAAGUUAUUAGGGAAGGGCGGAAGGGCGAUGCUUUUAAAGCCAGAGACGACGGAGAAGUUGCACAGAGUUUUCUAGAGCAUGAAUUUGUAAUAAGGGAAGAAGGACCCAGGUUGGGCAGGGAGUCAGGAAUCGUUUCCCACCCCGAAUAUCGCCUCCUGAUCGAAUCGGACCGCCGGUUCAUUCGAAGUAUUGUCUCGGACACCACGAAUCAUCAGCAUUGA